AGAGAGCGUAGCUUUGUUGCUUUUUUUGGGGUUUUUCAUCAUCUCCAUCUUCGUCUUCACAGUCUGUUCAAUCGGAAUUCCACCAUUGGAUCUUGUGGCUAAUUUGCUUAGCAGCGUAUUUUUCGAUCUGGGUUCCACUCAUUUUUGGACGAUUACAACAUCCAUCUCAAAUGUUUGAUUGUUUCGUUGUCAAUGUUUUCUGAGAAUGUCUGCUUCAUUGGCGGCAUUCACGCGUCCCCGAAAUGGAGCUACAAAUACGGUUUUCAAGAGUGGUCCGCUGUUCAUAUCUUCAAAAGGGUUAGGUUGGAAAUCAUGGAAGAAGCGAUGGUUUAUUCUCACACGCACUUCGCUGGUGUUUUUCAAAAAUGAUCCUAGUGCACUUUCUCAGAGAGGAAGUGAAGUAAAUCUGACGUUAGGGGGAAUUGACUUGAACAAUUCAGGAAGUGUUGUUGUUAGGGAGGACAAAAAGCUGUUAACUGUUCUGUUCCCUGAUGGUCGUGAUGGGCGGGCAUUUACUCUCAAGGCGGAGACGCCAGAGGAUUUGUAUGAGUGGAAGACAGCCCUAGAACACGCUCUUGUGCAAGCACCUAAUGCUGCCCUUGUUAUGGGACAUAAUGGGAUCUUCAGGAAUGAUACUACAGAAUCCAUCGAAGGGUCCUUUCAUCAAUGGAGGGAUAAACGCCCCAUUAAGUCUUUAGUUGUUGGACGACCGAUAUUGCUAGCAUUGGAGGACAUAGAUGGAGGCCCAUCUUUCCUCGAGAAAGCUCUUAGAUUUCUUGAGAAACAUGGAAGCAAAGUAGAAGGAAUCUUGAGACAAUCUGCAGAUGUAGAGGAGGUAGAUCGCAGAGUUCAAGAAUAUGAAACAGGCAAGACUGAAUUCAGUUCUGAUGAGGAUGCACAUGUUGUUGGCGAUUGUGUUAAGCAUGUCCUUCGUGAGCUGCCUUCAUCACCGGUUCCUGCAUCAUGUUGCACCGCUUUAUUAGAAGCUUAUAAAAUUGAUCGGAAAGAAGCUCGAGUAAAUGCUAUGCGUGCUGCAAUUUUGGAAACGUUUCCUGAACCAAAUAGGCGCUUGUUACAGAGAAUCCUGAAGAUGAUGCACACUGUUUCCAUGCAUACUUCUGAAAAUCGAAUGACAGCGUCAGCAGUAGCUGCUUGUAUGGCACCAUUACUAUUACGCCCACUUUUAGCUGGUGAAUGUGAAUUGGAGGAUGAUUUUGAUGAUAAUCGUGACAAUUCUGCACAGCUUCUUGCUGCUGCAAAUGCUGCUAACAAUGCUCAAGCUAUUGUUGCAACCCUCCUGGAGGAGUAUGAGAAUAUCUUUGAUGACGAUGCUAUGAACAGAUGUUCUAUAUCAGCGGAUUCUCGGGACAAUAGUGCAAGUGAAGAUUCAACUGAUGACGAAAAUAUGGAAAUCAAAGACAAUGUUUACCAUGAUGCAGAAAAUGAAGCUGAUCAAGAAACUGAUGAGGACCCUGAAAGGAUAUUCAGUGGAAAGUUGAGUGAAAGCAGUGGUUAUGAUGGCAGUGAUCUUUAUGACUUUAAGGCAUAUGGAGCUGAUGAAUCAGAUUUGGUAUCCCCAAAAGACAAUGUCAAUUCAGCAGAAAAAUCAAAUUCAUUGGCAGACUCUCCAUCUCCUGGAGAUUCUAAUAUUGAAAUUAAUGAGCAACAGAUGCAGCAAUACAGGGAAAGCGAAAAUCAAAUGGACACACCUGGCAUGUUACCCGAGUGUCAUCGGUCAACUGGAGUGCUGCUUUCUUCUAUUGAGCAAGGCGUACCUCAGUCAUUCUCUGGACAUGAAUCAUGCACAGAGACUCCAAUUAGCAAACUAACAGGCUCCAACUACAAUGUCAGGCGUUCCACAAUAUGGGGACGGAAUAAUGGCAGAAAAACUCCGUCAAUGGAGUCAAUUGAUUCUUCUGGAGAAGAAGAAGUUGCUGUUCAGAGGCUUGAGCUCACAAAAAACGACUUGCGGCAAAGAAUUGCAAAGGAGGCUAGAGGAAACGUGAUACUUCAAGCUAGCUUAGAAAGAAGGAAGCAAGCAUUGCAUGAACGUCGGUUGGCACUUGAACAAGAUGUUCAAAGAUUGCAAGAGCAGUUACAAGCUGAGAGAGAUUUAAGAGCUGCAUUAGAAGUUGGGUUAAGCAUGUCUUCUGGACAAGUUCUUGGAUCCCGAAAUAUGGAUUCAAAGACAAGAGCAGAGCUGGAGGAGAUUGCUCUUGCUGAAGCAGAUGUUGCACAAUUGAAGCAAAAAGUUGCAGAGUUGCAUCAACAACUUCAUCAACAACGCCAGCAUCACUAUGAUGCUUCUGACCGACACCUACAUCUUCGUAACCAUAAUUCUCAACAGAGAGUUUUCCAGCAAGAUUUUGAUUCUACUAUUGCUUUUAUCAACCAUGAACGAAAACAAAGAUCAGAGGAAAAUUCAUUGGGAGCAGAAUUGAGAAACCUUAAGGGGCAAGCCUUAAUGAAUGGUAGGCAACUUCCUCGUAAGCAUUUUCUGGACUCGACAAGCUUGAGUGAUUCUAAAAGUACAGGGGCAUCGACAAGCUUAACGACGGAUGAUUUUGGGGCUGUUGAUUCUGCUGAUUUUCCAUCGACAUCAAGACCAGCCGAGAUGAUUGAUUAUCCAAGACACCCAUUGGCGGCAUCGUCCACAUUGGGGGAAUUAACGACUCGUCUUGAUUUCUUCAAGGAACGGCGUUCUCAGCUCAUGGAACAACUCCAUAACCUUGACUUAAACUACAGCACCUCGUCACAAGAUUUUACGUAUAAACAACCAUCGCCUGGCCCUGGCUGGAACAUCCUUAAAAGAAGCUAAUCCCGUUGGCGUUCUCCAUUUGUAUAUACGUGCUUCUCUUUUCACAAUUAUUUUAUCAUUUGAUGUCGGAUAAACAAAAAUGCGCUUUGUGAAGCAGGUUCUUAGAAUCUUUUUAUUGGUUAUGUGUUAUUUGGUUUGAACAGAGCUUGGUUGUGUAUUCAUGCUAAUUAAAAAUGGCACGCUCAGCGACUGGACAAUUCUUUUCUAAACUUCUCGACAUCGAUACAGACUGCUCGCUAUUUGAGAAAUGUAACGAAUGUUUUAUUCGAUAUUCAAUGAUGUUGUGUUCUUG